UUGUAGGCGCCAAUCUUCUUUGCGAGUUUUCAGUUUACCUUUAUGAAUUUUACAAAAAAGAGAAGAAAAUAAUUAGCACAUUUUAUGCAUUUUGCGAUUAAAACAAAGGUCAUUUUUUUUCUGUUAUCACGGUUUGUUUUUUGUGGAAGCACUAGCUCGCAUGUAUUAAGGGUUCCGUUCCAUUGAUUCGGACGACAGUAACUUCUGAUGUAUCGAUCAUUUAAUCAAUUUAUUAGUCAAAAUGACAGCCUUGAUGAUAGUCGGCUCCAGCGGAACGCCAGAGUAACUUGUGAAUUUGAAGACUACUUUGACAUUAACGAAAUUUUAAUGUUGAGCGAACGAACUCCGGUCGUAGUUUCCAAGGAUAUAUGCAGGUUAGGCUUUUUGGAUCCUACGAGCGACCAGGCAGAUCUCAGAAAAGGCACGCAACUCGAGUUGCCUCUUUGGCUUGCUAAGAAUCUCUACAACAUGUACUCCGUCGACAUCCAGUUACCCAAAGCGUUUAGUCAUUUUUAUGUGAAUAUUAUGAGAGCGGACAGUUCCUGCGUUGACCUGAAAAGACUUCAACCUAACUACUACAAGGUGGGGCGGCAGUUAAUGGCCUUACUUCCAAUUGAAGCUCAUCGGAUUUCGGAACUCCUUGUCACCACCUUCAAGGGUCGUUUCCGGAAGAUAACCGAUGGAGCGCAGAACGCUCAAAUUGAAGAAACGGAUCAGGUGACGGCAACUUUCGACAACGACGAGAGGGCUAUGUUCCUUGAAGGCCAAAAGGUGAUAUUUGAUUUGAAGAGGUGGCAUGACAAAACCCGAAGGAACAAAAUUCAUACCGCAGAUCUCGUCGUCAACCAUCGGAAGCGAAAAUGGGAAGCUCACUAUAACGAUAGUAAUAUUAGCGGAAAGAAAAUGAAUCACAGCGACGGGACAAGCGGUAACCUGUAGUGCAAAACAUAUAUACUACGAUACUGAGUGGAUUGGUAAAAAGUUGAUUUGAAGAAAUUAAGUUCUAUCUGCAGAAACAGACUGAAAACAUGGCACCUGCAACGCUCGUAUAAUAAAGCUGAUUUUUUGUAAAAGA